GUGGCCUUCUUCAAUAUCCAACAAAAAUAUACUAAAAAUCAAAACCCUUCACAAUCCCUUUUCUCAACCUCAACUUCUAUCUAAUCCUAAAGUUAAACUCUUGAGUUUCAGAUCAAGACAAAGUUUAGAUCUUUUCUUUUUUUCUUUUUCUUCUUCGUUAAUCUUUUUGACACAAACGAGGUAAGCUCACUUACAAAGAAGAAGCAAAAAUGGUUUCUGGGUAAGAGAGUGUGAGAUUUGUUGAGAGGACAGAAGUAGUUAUUUUUGUGUGUCUGGAUGCAUGGUUGAAGAAGAAGAACAACCCAUUCUCACUUUCAUUUUCAGACAAGAGUACUUGAAAAGAAAUGGGUUGUUGUCAGUCAAGAAUAGAUAGCAAAGAGAUUGUGUCUCGUUGCAAAGCAAGGAAGAGGUACUUGAAACAUCUUGUUAAAGCUAGACAAACUCUCUCUGUCUCUCACGCGCUUUAUCUCCGUUCUCUACGCGCCGUCGGCUCUUCCCUUGUUCACUUCUCUUCCAAAGAAACCCCUCUUCACCUCCACCACCAUCCUCCAUCCCCAUCUCCUCCUCCACCACCUCCGCCGCGUCCUCCCCCUCCUCCUCUUAGCCCUGGCUCCGAAACCACUACAUGGACUUCAACCACCACUUCAUCCGCUCUCCCUCCUCCUCCUCCCCCACCGCCGCCACCCCCUCCUCCGCCUUCUUCUACAUGGGACUUCUGGGAUCCGUUCAUACCGCCGCCUCCUUCUUCCUCCGAGGAAGAGUGGGAGGAAGAGACAACCACCGCAACAAGAACCGCAACAGGAACCGGAACUGGUUCUGACGCUGCUGUCACGACUGCUCCGACGACAGCUACUCCUCAAGCUUCGUCUGUAGUGAGUGGAUUCUCUAAAGAUACAAUGACAACGACUACGACGGGAAGUGAGCUAGCAGUUGUGGUGUCGAGGAAUGGUAAAGAUCUAAUGGAGAUUAUUAAAGAAGUCGAUGAAUAUUUCCUUAAAGCUGCAGAUUCUGGUGCUCCACUCUCUUCUCUACUUGAAAUCUCAACCUCUAUCACUGCCUUUUCUGGUCAUACCAAAGCAGGGAAAAUGUACAGUAACUACGAAUGCAAUUUAAAUCCAACUUCGUUUUGGACAAGGGGAUUUGCUCCCAAGUUGAAUGAAUACAGAACCACAGGAGGAGUCAUUGGAGGAAAUUGCAUUGUUGGUAGCCAUUCCUCUACAGUGGACAGACUCUAUGCUUGGGAAAAGAAACUUUUUCAAGAGGUCAAGAAUGCAGAGAGCAUAAAGAUUGAGCAUGAGAAGAAAGUGGAGCAAGUGAGGAGGCUUGAGAUGAAGAGAGCUGAGUAUGUCAAGACUGAGAAGGCUAAGAAAGACGUUGAGAAGUUAGAGUCUCAGCUCUCAGUGUCUUCACAAGCCAUCCAGAGUGCCUCUAACGAGAUCAUCAAGCUCAGAGAGACAGAGCUCUAUCCUCAGCUCGUCGAGCUUGUUAAAGGGCUAAUGUGCAUGUGGAGGAGUAUGUACGAGAGCCACCAGGUUCAAACCCAUAUUGUUCAGCAGCUUAAGUACCUCAACACCAUUCCAUCCACUGAACCAACAUCCGAGCUUCAUCGACAAUCAACUCUUCAGCUUGAGCUCGAGAUCCAACAAUGGCAUCACUCUUUCUGCAAUUUAGUCAAGGCUCAGCGUGACUACAUCCAAUCUCUCACGGGUUGGCUCAGGUUAAGUUUGUUCCAGUUCAGCAAGAAUCCACUUGUUAGGAGUAGCUAUGAGUCAAAGAUCUACAGCUUCUGUGAGGAAUGGCAUUUGGCUAUCGACCGGAUCCCUGAUAAAGUAGCAUCUGAAGGCAUCAAGAGCUUUCUGACUGCGGUCCAUGGAAUCGUGGCUCAACAGGCCGACGAGCAUAAGCAGAAGAAGAGAACAGAGGCUAUGUUAAAAGAUUUUGAGAAGAAAUCGGCUUCGCUGAGAGCCCUCGAGAGCAAGUAUAGUCCAUACUCGGUGCCUGAGAGCAGGAAAACGAACCCUGUGAUAGAGAAGAGAGUAAAGGUUGAUAUGCUAAAAGGAAAGGCAGAAGAAGAGAAAAGUAAGCAUGAGAAGUCAGUGAGCGUGACCAGAGCCAUGACUCUAAAUAACUUGCAGAUGGGAUUCCCUCAUGUGUUUCAGGCAAUGGUUGGGUUUUCAAGUGUGUGUAUGCAAGCCUUUGAGUCUGUCUACAACCAAGCUAAGAGCAUCGGUGAGGAUCAAGAGGAGGUCAAGAGGUUGCUUCCUUAGAGAAGGACAAAUCUAACAAAUUGUAUUGCUCUCUGUUUUUGCUUGAUCCAAAACCAACCUUUUGGUAAAAAUGUUAGGUUGAGUUUUAUGCUAUUUAUGUUCUUUUUGAAAAUGAAAUUGGUUAAAGACUUCUUCAUUGAAACUUGAUCAAGUCAACUACUUCUGAUC